GGGGAGCUGGGGCCAAUCCUGUGGCUUCGGACAAAAACACUGUGACUAAGAGGUUGGUGACUGGAGCCGAGGUGCCUGAGUCAGGUUGGGGGUUGGUAUCUUCUCAGUUACAGGAAAUAGGACUUUCAUUUCCUCCUUUCCCAAAGAAGGCAGAAGGAAUAGGGUUGGUGGAGCAAACGGAUAGUGAUUGGCAGCAGUGAGUUGGACUAUUGGACUUUGGGUGAGGAGGUUCUGCCAUGAGGCUGGCUGUGUUUUUCUCUGGGGCCCUGCUGGGGCUACUAACAGCCAAAGGAGCACCAUGCAAUGACUGCCCUCGCAGAAAAUCGGCCACUCUACUGCCGUCUUUCACGGCGACACCUACGGCUACAGAAAGCACCCUCAGCCCUGGGACGACCAGCCACGGGACCACCGAGAGCCACAAGACGACCACGCAGAGAACAGCUCCCACAGGCACCACCAGCCACAGAUCCACAACUCCAACUCGCCAGCCUGCCACCACCACCAGUCAUGGAAAUGUCACCGCUCAUCCGACAAGCAAUAGCACUGCUACUAGCGCAGGGAUCACCACUUCCUUCCACCCAGGACCACCCCCGCCCUCGCCAAGCCCUAGCCCAGGCUCCAAGGAAGUCGUAGGAGAUUACAUGUGGUUCAAUGGUACUCAACCAUGUGUCCGGCUCCAAGCCCAGAUUCAGAUUCGAGUCCUCUACCCAACCCAGGAUGGAGGGAAGGUCUGGGGCAUCUCUGUACUGAACCCCAACAAAACCAAGGCCCAGGGCAACUGUGAGGGUACCCAUCCUCUCUUGCUUCUCUCAUUCCCCUCUGGACAGCUCCACUUUGGCUUCAAACAGGACCCGGCACAGAGGGUUGUGUACUUAAACUACGUGGCGGUGGAGUACAAUGUGUCCUUCCCCAAAGCUGCACAGUGGACUUUCUCGGGUCAGAAUUCAUCCCUUCAAGAUCUCCAAGCCCCCCUGGGCCAGAGUUUCAACUGCAGAAAUGCAAGCAUCAUCCUUUUGCCAACGUUCCAACUUGAUCUGCUCUCCCUGAAACUGCAGGCUGCUCAGCUGCCCUCCACGGGGGUCUUUGGACCAAGUUUCUCUUGUCCCAAUGACCAGUCCAUCUUGCUGCCUCUCAUCAUCGGGUUGGUGCUCCUCGGCCUCCUCGCCCUGGUGCUGGUUGCCUUCUGCAUCGUCCGCAGACGCCCACCCAGCUACCAGCCGCUCUGAGCAUCGGCCUCCACCCCUGCGUUUAUUUCCUCCCAUGCAGCUGACUCCAAGACAGUCUUCCUCCUUCCCUCGUGUCUGGAGCAAAAAUAGACCUCAGCCAGCGAGGAAGGGUGUGGCAAUUUUUAUUCCGCCCAACCAGUUUCCCCUUCCCCGCUGGGAGCCAGAGACGGGUGAAAACCGGUAGCAGUCGUUGCCCUUGGUCUCCCUUUGUCCUGCCGGAAUUAAAAGCUACGAGUUUCUGGUCA